GUUCAUACACACACGGUAUUCUUGCACCAGGCCUGGGCCUAAGUCCCAGCCACGCGUAACGCUUCCUCCCUCCUCCAUCCACGUUUAGCUGCGUACGGUCUCGCCUUUUCACUGCUGCACCGCUAGCUAGCCUAGCUAGCUCGCGCGCUCGCGCCGGCUGCAGACGCGCAUGGUGCGCCUGCCCAACCCCUUCCGCCGCGGCAGCCGCGGCAGCGGCACCACGACGCCCGCCUCCUCCGUCGCGCACUCGGUCGCGCCCUCGGAGCCAGGCAGCCCGCGCACCCUCUCCUCCCACGCGCUCAGCGGCACCGGCGCCGGCACCGCAGGCGACAAGGACGUGCCGCACCCGCCCGCGCCGCCCUCGCCCUCGCCCGCCGGCCGCGUCAGCGGCAGCGGCAGCACCAGCGGCCGCGCCAGCCACCCUCAGAGCCGCCACCGGGCAGACGACCCAGAGGCCGACACCGCACACAGCUCUACACAGAUACUGCCGCCGCUCGCGGGCAGCCCGGGUCUCGGCGCGGCGCUGCAGAGCGCAGGCGUGGCCGCCGCCGGAGCCGCAGGCGCGGCGCGUGACGCGGCGGCGGAGGCAGCCGACGUGGUCGCGUCGGUGCUGCCCGGCGGCGUCAUGAAGCCAGGCGUGCCGUCAGCGGACCAGAAGCACAAGCACGCAGAGCACCACAAGGCGACAAUGAAGGCGCAGCAGCAGAUGACGGAGAAGGACCGGGAGCAGCGACACCUUGAGGACAAGGCGGCGGCGGCAGCUGAGGCGGCUCUGUUUGGCCGCGGCGCCAUCGCGCGGUUCACGGCGCCGGAGCAGGACGGCCCUGCCGCCAGUGUGCUGAUGCCGCCGGGCGUCAGCGGCGGCGGGCUGGCGGCGCCGCCGCCACCGGGCGUGGUGGGCAACAUCCCGGCGGCGCCGCUGACGACGGCGCGGCCUGUGCCUCUGGAUUUACCCGACUACAUGGACAAGCCGGGCGAGCCGCACGUGGUCGCCACGCCCGACCGCUUUCACCCCACGGGAAGCGCGCUGACGCCGCCGGAGAGCAGCGGCCUCACCUCGCUGCAGCAGCACUUUGCCUUCUUCGACCUGAACAAGGACGGCAUCAUCACGCCGUGGGAGUGCGUAAACGGCUUCCGGUACCUGCUGCGGCGUUACCUGCCCGAGCCGCUCAACACGCUGGCCUGCAUCCCCGUGGCGGCGGCGGUGCAGCUGCCGCUGUCGUGGCUGACGUCCGACAGCUGGCUGCCCGACCCGCUGCUGCGAGUGCAGGUCAAGAACGCGCACAAGGUGAUCCACGGCAGCAACAGCCGCGCCUGGGACCGGUCCGGCCGCUUCACGCCGGCGCGUUUUGAGGCGCUGCUGUCCAAGUACGACGCCGACCGCAAGGGCGGGCUGAACGCCUGGGAGGUGGCGCAGAUGGUGCGGGGCCAGGCCAACCUAGGGGACCUGCUCGGCACCAUGGCCAGCGCCGGUGAGUGGGCGAUGACGUGGGCGCUGCUGUGCGACAGCAGCGGCGUGCUGCGGCGCGAGGACAUGCGCGGCAUGUACGACGGCACGGCGUUCUACCGUGCGGCGGCGCGGAAUGGCUACAGCCACUACACGCUGGAGACGGGGCGUGCGCCGGCUGUGGCAAAGGGGUACGCGUAGGCGCGGCGCACAUUGCGCCCAGUGCGGACGCCUUCUGAGCACUGGCGGUGUGUUAACGAAUGCUCGUGGACAGUGGGCAGGCCGGGCGCAGGAAGGGAAGGGGAAAGUGCGGGGGCAUGAAUGAAGUGGUGGAACGGCAAUCGCCGCCAGACUGGCUCCAGGGAAUGUUACGGCUGCUAUGCUGAUAGUGCGGCACUACCAGGGCAGUACUACCAAGCGCCGGAGUAGGCGGUUGGCACUUGAGUGGCGGAGAGAGCAAAGUUUGCACCCAGAAUCCUUUCGCGCUCAAAAGUUCUCCGUAUAGUUGUGGAGUAUGAAUGUGGGCUGUUGUAUGUGUGGGGGAACGCUCGCGGGGGAGAAUGAUGUGACAUGAAACGUUGAGCACGAGACUUGCGUUGCGUGUACAACUAAGGUGAUGGUAGCCCAUCUCAGGAACGGUACAGGAAGCGUACACCGAAGCAUUUGCACGUCGGAAGCCUCCGACUUCGGGCCUCGGCCUGUUCAACUCCUGUCAAACUCCGUCCACAGC